AUGAAGUGGACAACAGCUAUUACCACAGCUGCGGCACUGGCGCAGAAUGCCGCUGCGCAGAAUAUGCUGCGGUUUGCGUGUUCGCAACUUGUUGUGGAGCGGACAGAUCCCCUGGUGAAUCCUGGGAUGAAGUACACGCCCCAUCUUCAUCAGAUUGUGGGCGGAGAUUCCUUCAACAUCACCAUGGAUCCGGCGAACGACCCGGCGAAGCUGUCCAAGUGUACAUCUUGCAGCUUCAACCAGGACAAAUCAAACUACUGGACUGCAGUCAUGUUCUUCAAAGCAAAGAAUGGAACAUACAUCCGCGUGCCCCAGAUCGGCAACGGUGGACCCCAAGGCAAACUCAUCAACGACGGUGGCCUAGACGUCUACUACAUCCCCAGCGGCAAAACCACCGCCUUCAAAAAAGGCUUCCGCAUGCUCGCCGGCUCCGCCACAAACACAGACCCCUCCAAAGUACAACUCUCAAACAUCUGUCAUCGCUGCUGGACCUCGCCCUCGGAAUCCACGUUUGUCGGCGGCGCCCCUUGCACGGGCUCUGAUACCGUGAAUAUCCCUAAAGACCCCAAGUGCAAACUCAUUCGCCAGACUAUCAUCUUCCCGACCUGCUGGGAUGGCAAGAAUCUCGACUCGCCCGACCAUCAGAGCCAUGUUGCUUAUGGACAGGGGAGUGGGGCGAAUGGAGGUGGUGCGUGUCCGAGCAGUCACCCUGUGAAGUUGCCGCAGGUCAUAAUCUUUGGCCGACCGACGGUUCGGAUCCGUUUGUUUACUCCAUGA